GCUCUGCGCAGCGGAGGGCGAUCCCGCUUCCGCUGGGCGCCGGAAGUGACUCUCCGCCCCGGUCAGUGGGCCAUGGAGAAGGUGGCACAGUAGCGUCUGAGUUGUGAGCAUUGCGGGGCCGGCGGCCAUGGAGGCCGUGCUGAACGAGUUGGUGUCUGUGGAGGACCUACUGAAGUUUGAAAGGAAAUUUCAGUCUGAGAAGGCAGCAGGCUCAGUGUCCAAGAGCACGCAGUUUGAAUAUGCCUGGUGCCUGGUGCGAAGCAAAUACAACGAUGACAUCCGUAAAGGCCUUGCUCUGCUGGAGGAGCUGCUGCCCAAAGGGAGCAAAGAGGAGCAGCGGGAUUAUGUCUUCUACCUGGCUGUGGGCAACUACCGGCUCAAGGAAUAUGAAAAAGCCCUAAAGUAUGUGCGAGGGCUGCUGCAGACGGAGCCGCAGAACAACCAGGCCAAGGAACUGGAACAGCUCAUCGACAAGGCCAUGAAGAAAGAUGGUCUAGUGGGCAUGGCCAUUGUUGGAGGCAUGGCUCUGGGCGUGGCGGGACUGGCCGGACUCAUCGGACUUGCUGUAUCCAAGUCCAAAUCCUGAACGACACGGCGUCUCUGCCUCUGCCUGGGGACAGACAUGGAGGACACUGGAAGAGAGGCCCACCCAUCCUCACCGUCCCUUUCUUCUGCACCUGUCACUUUCCUCUGUGACCUUCAACGUCCUCUCCCCUGGGACCUGUCCCCUAGCCCCAAAUCAUGUGUUUUGGGAUGAGUGUAAAUAAAAUUGGGCUUUGGCUUGGGAA